AGGAAGGCGGGCACCCGGAGCAAGGCUGCAGCCACCAAGCAAGCCCAGCGAGGCUCUUCCAACGUGUUUUCCAUGUUCGAACAAGCCCAGAUCCAGGAGUUCAAGGAAGCCUUCAGCUGCAUCGACCAGAACCGUGAUGGCAUCAUCUGCAAGUCCGACCUGAGAGAGACCUACUCCCAGCUUGGGAAGGUGAGUGUCCCGGAUGAGGAGCUGGACGCCAUGCUGCAGGAGGGGAAGGGCCCCAUCAACUUCACCGUCUUCCUCACACUCUUCGGGGAGAAGCUCAAUGGGACAGAUCCUGAGGAGGCCAUCCUGAGCGCCUUCCGCAUGUUUGACCCCAGCGGCCAGGGGGUGGUGAACAAGGAUGAGUUCAAGCAGCUCCUCCUGACCCAGGCAGACAAGUUCUCUCCGGCUGAGGUUGAGCAGAUGUUCGCCCUGACGCCCAUGGACCUGGCAGGGAACAUUGACUACAAAUCCCUGUGCUACAUCAUCACCCACGGAGAUGAGAAAGAGGAGUGACGGGAAGAGGUGCCGCCACGGCUGACUCAGGCCUGUGUGACCCACAAUAAACUCUGUU